AUGGAGGGGGUGGCUAAGAAGGUAGAAAUCCUUCUGUGCUCACUCUUACACUCCUCUAGGGACCACAAAUUAGAGCCCCAGACAGUCAUCACAUUUACAUAAAUUCUAGAGAUCCAGGAGAUCCCUAGCUUCUUGAUGACCUGCAAAAGGAGCUCACACCCUGCCAUGCAUAGGACAUGCAUGGAGCAUGCACCCCUCCCCAUAGCUCUGGCCUGGCUUUGGGUGAGCCUGCCCAAGGCUGGAAGAAGCAGGAGAGGGCCUGGCAGAGCAGUGCAGACCUUUCUUUCUCUGCCCGCUGCGUUGCAGGCUGCUGCUCGUCAUUUUCCAAAUCUCCCCGCUGCUCCUGGGGCUUCACUCUUGAACUCGAGCCCAGAGCAGACACCCAAGCUGCCCACAGCCCUAAAGUGUCCUGAGUGCCUCUAGGACCUAAAUUCCCAUAGUCUGUACUGAAAGCGACACCCCAAGGCUGCAGUUUACCUCAACCUCAGUUUGCCUUUGAAAUCUGCUCACAGACAAUUUCCGAAAAAGUCCUUCGGGUUUGGAGAAUGGGACUUUGAAAACAAUUCCGUUUUUAUUGUAGAUUCGGGGGGGCACACGUGCGGGUUUGUUAGUAGGGAAUAUGGGGCGGUGCUGAGGUUUGGGCUUCUCUUGAUCCCAUCACAGAAAAUGGGAUUAAUAAUAAUUAAUUAAUAAAGGCUCCCGAGGGCUUAAUCCAGAGCUGGGUUCCCCAUGCAUGCUCAGUAAAGACCUGCUGAUGGGCGGCUUACAACAUCCCAUCACCUUCAAUUUUCUGUUUUGAAAUAGCUUUAGUAGAGAUGUUCAGAUUGCUGUUCUCUGCGCUUGUUUUUGAGUCCAGGAAUCAGAUGAUGUUGCUAUCUGGUCCCAGCAGCCUAGAAAGACAGUGCUCCCAAGCAUUUCUCAGAGGCUAUGCUUUAUGUGAGUCCUAGGCAAACAGAGAGAGAGGAGGCCCACCCCACAUCACACACACUUCCCAAGGGACCAGACUCUGCAUCGGCUCUCGGCUAAGAGUUGCUUUCAGAGUUGGAAAGGGGAGCUGUUUGCUGAGUUUUCUGACACUCUUGGGCAGAGUUAUGGUUUGUUCAAAGAAGAGGCUUGUACUUAGGGAAAAAGUCAGGGACAAUGAAUUUCUAACGAAUAGAACUUAUGUCAGAAAGGCUGUGUGAUGAAGCAGAAAGAGUUGAAAAUUUGGGUUUGGGAGACCUGGGUCCAAGUCCCAGUGGCAACAUACCAGUGGCGUGUUCUGGGCAGGCUACC